AUGGCCGAUCAGACCGAGUCCGCGGCGGCGGCUAAGCCCUCAGACGGGCCUUCCAAGCCAUCCAUCCAGCGCGCCAUGACGGACCGUGGCAACAAGUCUCAGCGUUUGUUGCGCGUGGAUCAAAUAAAGGACCGACAAGUCCACUUCGUUAAGACGGCAAAAGUCAAAGCCAAACCCGAUCGUUUCAGUAAGACUGCAAUGGUCGUUCGCCGAGUUAUUUCAAAGCAGGGCAUGGUCUCCCACGUCGAGAUUGACAUCCGGUCUCCUCUCCUGCAAGAUUUGUUUCGUGAUCUGUUCAAAGAUGUAGAAGGCCUUGACUUGAAUAAGACUCCUCCAAUGGCUACACCCGAGGUGUUCUUCUGGGCCGCCCCGGAUUUGAUACGUAUCAAAGAAGAGGAGAAGCAGAAGGAGAAACCCAGCCAGCAACUGAUCGAUGAUAUUGGCACGGCUCUGCAAUUUGUUGAGGAGGACUUUGCAGCUCAGAUUGUCAGCUUGAAGUCGCUUCUGGGUGAGAAUCAGAUCACCUGGGAUCUUCUUUGGGCAAUCCUCCCGCCCAAGGAAGUUAUUAUCUCACCCCGGUUUGGCCUUAUGACUGAAGAGCAGGCCUUCAACCUGAAGAUGUCUAGUUAUCAGUCACGUCCAAAUGGCCAGCAAUACUUUUCUGCAAGUGCCGAAGUUAUCAAACAUGACGGUCAAGACUUUGGUAAAUCGACAAUGGAGCUAGAAAUCAACAAAUAUGAGGGUGCGAGAACAAUAACUAGCUUGAACUUCUUUCCGCUCAAAUACCAUGACGAGGAAUCUGCCGUGCGAGAGAGGCUCAUUGCCCGCGGGCGUAAAUUCGUUGCGCUACUCGAACAGCCUGCAUGCAGAGAGUAUACGGCUGCAAACGGUAUAAAGGAGUUUGAACGAGCCAACGGUGACUCCGUGCCCGAGAAGUUUAAUGCAUUGGGGAGAGUCAUGGUCGACCCUGCUGGUUACUAUCUUCAUAACACAUCGUCGGAGUUGAACAGACCUUUUGUACUAUCAGAAGGGUUUUUGGAUCCUGUCGGCUUGUCUGAUGACCAAUACUUGAUUUGUGCCUCGUUCAUCAAUGGCUUCAGCUUCGCACAAAAGUCUUGGUGUCAACUUUCGGUAUCGGCGUUAUCCGAUGUAGAGUGGAACCACAAUGCCUUCAAACGACUGGUCAUGGCCGAAAACCGCCGAGAACUUAUCCAUGGACUUGUCAAGGCCCAUCGCCAGGAUGACGCGGUCUUUGACGAUAUCGUUGCGAACAAAGGCAAAGGCCUUAUUGCACUCCUAACCGGAAGCCCGGGUGUGGGCAAGACAUUGACUGCAGAAGCCGUUGCCGAAGUAACUCAGCGCCCUUUGUAUGUAGUAGCAACCGGCGAGCUUGGAAUCGACCCUGAUAUAGUCGACAAUCGUCUGGGGAUGAUCUUAGAGAUCACCCGGCGGUGGGGCUGUGUUCUGUUGAUCGAUGAAGCAGAUGUGUUCCUUUCGGCUCGUGGCAAGGACCUAGCGAGGGAUGCUCUAGUCAGCGUCUUUCUCCGACGACUCGAGUAUUUCCGUGGUGUCGCCAUACUCACCACAAACCGAAAGAGCGACAUUGAUCCGGCAUUCAAGAGUGAGUUUCGGCCUGGUCGAAUCCAUUUCACCAUGCACUAUCCGGAGCUUGAUACCAGCAGCCGACUAGAAGUGUGGAAGAAUUUCUUGAACAAUGUCGCAAAAUCGUCGGAGCUGGCUGAAUUUACCGCCGAUGACUUUGUGGCGCUUUCGAGGCAUGCGCUGAAUGGGCGACAGAUUAAGAACAUUGUCUCAUGUGCCGUGUCACUGGCGCGGGAGAUGCAAAAGAAUGUCACUGUAAAGGAUAUUGAGGAUCUUAUAGAUGUGAUGGUUGAUUAG